AUGGCCUUCCUUCGCAAGAAGAAGCAGCCAGAGACACCUACUCAGUCGCCUACCAAGGUGACUUUAGCACCCUCUACAUCGCCUCCACCACUUUUCGCCCGUUUUUCAACCACAGCACAGAACAACAAUGUGAAAGAGGCCUCUCCCCGUAUAGUGUCAUCGCCGAUGAUGUUGACAAGUCAACGAAAGGACCGAGAUAUGCCUCAGAGGGUGACUUCAGCCAAAGGCUUUGGACAUUCAACCACCUCGUUGGCGGCGAGCAACCGCGAUCCAAAUUUGUCACAUCGAAAGGUGCAGGAGAACAAUCAAAGCUCUGUUGUCCCGAUCAAUGGUAGCGUUCAUGAUUUGGGUCCAACUUCCUCCCAACAGUUGGCGAAGGCGCCAACCCGCCCCGCUUCUAAAGUUAUUGUUGACAAGCCUCUUCCUCCGCCAUCUUCCGCCAUCAUCAAUGAGCACCGCGCACGGUCGCUGGACACGGUCAAUCGUAGGGCAUCGGCCAAUAGACCACCUGGUCCUCCUCCAUCGUUUCAAUACCCCCAGCCUCAUGUUGUCCGUCCACGCGCGUCCCUUGACAUGCAGGAUCUGGAAGCCAAACCACUACCUCAACCCGGAUCAACCCAAGCCUCCUACCAAUCUGCGCAGGGACAAGACCCUCGAGGUCCGCCCCCGUCGACUUACACAUUUUCGCCGUCGGCCACAACUAGGCGAAAUGCAUCAAUCUCAACAACUAGCUCGAGCAUAAUACCUCAUGCCGGCCCGCCUAUCACCAGUAUGAACCACAAGAUGCAACCUUCAUCCUUUUCUUACGGUCGGCAAGUCCCUCCUACAACCGACCAAAAAAUUGGCAGUCAAACUUUAUCGCCACCUUUGGCGAAACGCGCCGUAUUGGGCGAAGAUUUCUCUCAGAAUCGUGUCAAUGGGAUGGAGGGUGUUCCUUCGAAGCGUAUGAGUGGGGUUGGACUACCUCAGGGUAGACCACAGGAUGUACAAAGGACACCGAUGUCGGACCGUGGAAUCGAUCUUCCUCCUGAGGCCGCCUUGUUCCAAGAGUAUAGCGAUGCAAUAUCUAUCCCCGGCACCCCGUAUGCCUCGAACGCACGCCAACUUCCCCCUGGUAGCUUAAAGACUACCGAACAGGUGUCUUCUUCGAGCAUUCCGCGAUCGAGUGUUUAUAUGCAAAGUGAUUCGAAACCUCAACCCCCCAUCCCACGUCCUAUUAUCAGUAAACCUCAGCCUCCUAGUCCUCCUCUACCACCUCCUCCUAUCCCAGACAUGGGCGUCGCAUAUAGCUAUUUGGAUGCUGAAGUGUUACCCUCUUCCUACAAGGACUUUUCCACGCCUCAGCUAAUUUCAGUUGCAAAUGGAACGCCGUCAAUGUUCAAUAAUUACGACUCCGGUGAAAUCAAGCCACGGACACACCAGCAGUCUAAUUCACGGUCAGUUUCGCCGCCUCUGCCUCCCGGUGCUGCGCAACCAGCAAAUUUCCAAACUUCCCCAAGCAAGCACCAACAUAUGGGUUCGGUGCGUGUUCACCCUCCCGGGUUUUACCCACCGUCCCAAUCUCAAGUGCCCAUGACGCAACCUUUUAAUAAUACCCAGGUUCCCGUGCAGCAACCCACGCCGGUCAUGCUGCAGAAAUCUCCGAGCGUCCAGACGACUUCCGCCCCCCUAAGAGGGAAACCGAGAAUUUUUGCCGCGAUGGAGGCUCAGGAGAACGGAACUUCGUACAGUCAAGAUGAUCAUGCUCCUAUGGCACAGCAGGACAUGACCCAGCAUGCUCUUCCGCAGAUUCCACCCCAGCCAGAAGCUUUUUAUCGUCCACCUGCCAACCAACAUACCUCACCGCAGCAUCAGAAUCAGCCCCAGCUCCUGCCGCCGGUAGAAUUCACUUCUCCUCAAUUGCAAACCACUCUCCUUCCCAAUUCAUAUGUGAAUGGGGUCGAUCCUCAAUCAAUGCCCGCUUCUAUCACACCUCCUUCACCUAAAGCUCACGAUACCAAUUAUAUUUCUCACCAACUCGACAUGGAAUCUUCGCAGGAGCUUGAUGCCCCGUUUAUAACACCAAAAUCCACUCGUUCGCUCUCGCUGCCUCGCCAGGAGGAACCUCGCCAACAACAGCUGCAGUCGCCUCAAGCCACACCACGCGCGAAGAAGCUCAGCAAGACGCGUCACCAUGUAGACAAUGCUUCCAUCAGCACUUUUUCUAAUGGAUCGAACGGGACUCUGCAGAGCUCGCCUGAGACUGCCCGCGCGAGGAAGCGCAGCGCCUCAAAAUCUCGGCCGAACACUCCUAUGACGACUAGCAAGCUGCUUUCAUCGGUCGAUCCUGCUCUACAAGUUGAGCAAACAGAUGUCGGAGAUGUUGGCAUCCCGCUCGAUGACGACCCGUUUGCUCGAGUCGAAGGCGUUAAGAUGCUUCCGAACAGCACCCAAGCGGGUGGCACCAAGGAGAGGAAUGCGAGCCGACACCGUAACAAAGGAUCGGUGUCGGUGAAAGAAAGUUCGAUUAUGGAUAGCAAAGGCGAGAACGCGCCUCAGGACUCCCCGCCUGAAAUGGAAAACCACAGUUCGAUCCCUCUAACUCCAGUAUCUCCUGAAGACCUUCGCAAGGCUAAAAAAGAUAAGAAAAGCAAGAAAACGACAGAGGCACCUCCUACAGUCGCCGAAACUAUUGCUGCGCUGGAAAGUCCUCCUCCUGAACCAGUCACGAUGGUUCAGAUCUUGUCAGAUCCUCAACUCCUUUCAAACAUCUUGUCUUAUCUGUCUUUUUACGAUUGGUGCAUUUUAUCAUCAAUAUCCAAAGAGAUACGCAUCCUCUUUGUGCGGACUCCGACGUUAAGGGAAACUAUACUAGAAACCUUUUUGAGGACCGUAGGGUAUUGUCGAUGGACAUGGGACGAUAAAGAACCUUUAUCGCUUUCUCUACAGGAUUUAAAUGAUUACAUGCGAGGAGUAUCAAUUCCUAACCAUGAAUAUGCUCGGAUAGCCGCCAUGCAUGUGCAUUCGCUUUCUAUACACCCCAAUCAUCGUGAUCCGUCGCUGAUCGAUACUGUCCACGCCAUGACCGCAUGCACUCGUGCAUAUAGUCGUGUUUUGCUUCGUUUACGUGCUCAGGCAGAGAAAGAAGCUAGCAUUUUAGCUUUAAGCAAUCCACUGCCGCCACCGUCUGCCACGUCUUCAAAAUCAGCUGCUGGUGGUUCCCGGGGACAUACAUCUCGUGUAUCCAGUCGUGCGCCCUCACCAACGACUUCGACAUAUUCGCAUCCGACUGGUGGACAUCAUGCGCCAACAUAUAAUGCACCAAGUUCAUCGCAGACGAGCCUUACUUUUCGUUCUCCAUUGUUCCGACUUCGCCGUGCUCCACUAUUGCGCGUCUUUGUCCCCUCUCCAGAAGGCGAUUGGCUUUCGGAUAAAAGCGUACUCGAAUGCGAAGCAGAAUGCAAACGUGCUGGGAUCAUGCAUCUUCUGCGUUUAGGAGAUGUUGUUUGGGAUGUUGCAGUCGGUGAUGAAGGCAAUGUAGGGAGAUUAGUUUGGGAUGGCAGCUAUCUCAUUGAUCUGGACUAUACCUACUCCCCCGUUGGAGAUCUGCCAAAGUAUCUUCCUACGCUAGCCUUUCCACCGUCUUAUUUCCACCGUGUCAUCCGCACCGGGCCAAAUAUUACCAACCCCAUUAUCCAUAUCGAUAUUAGUCCUUGGGGCGAAGAGAUUGCUAUGAACCUUCAACUCCUCCAAGAUCGUGUACGAACUGAAACGCCUCCUCGAGGACCAAAUCGAUACAACAAAGGCGCACCCUUCAACGGCCGCAUACCAAUACCUGACUCGAACAAUCUAUUUGUCGACUCUGGGUGGUACGGAACUAUAGUUGUUGAGACAGAAGGCACCAACGAAGCCCUUGCUGAUCUGCAAGAUCGAUGUGGGCCAGGGGCGUUUCCUCCACGACCUCGCGGUGUGACUGGUCAGAUUAGCCAGGCGCAGAUCGAAAACAGAAAGGUUUUCCGGAUCUUGAGAGAAAAAAGUCGUCCCGGCGAAAUAUGGAUCAAAGCUGUUGGCGUGAAAGAACGCUUGCUAUGA